GCAGCUUCUGAAACACACAGUAGAUCCAGCUUGUUUGUGUGAUUGAUGACCGCAUCUUUGCACCGGCUGAACAAAGAGGGGGUAAAAAAAAGGUGGAGGCUCCAAAGAUAUAUGCUCUGACAUCAGCAACAGUCGCAUCUGCAUUAACUCAUCAUGCCCGUCCACAGGAGGCAGCCCAGUAUUGAACUACUGGAAUUAAUGGGAGUGGUGAGAGAGAACGGCAAUGAACAGACAUCACUUCCUCCUGUGCACACUCCACUGUCGUACGACUACGUCCUGGUUGCCAAAAUAGUUGAGAACCAGGAGAAAGAGGCUUUCAAGAAGCAAACUGAAUACAUUGAGGAACUGAAAAAAAAGAACAUGAAAGUCACAACAAUUAUAGAUGAUGAUCUCGUCUUCUAUGGGAUUCAGGCGCCUAAAGAAUUUUUUGAGAAGUACAGGUAUCUGCUCAAAGUGUCUGAUGCUUGUAACUGGAGCUCGGAUCAGAACGUUGUACCACUCAGCACCAGGAUAAGGAUUGUCCACUUCAUCUUGAAUCACACCCCUCUUCGAUCGGGAGAGAGUUUGCGGGAUCUUAUGAUGAUGAAAGUUUUUGAGGCAAAGUUCUGCUUGCAUGAGAAAAAGAAACAGAGAGAGCUGAAGGAGAGCUGGGCACGAUGGACAGCCUGUCUCCAAGGGCAACCCAUAACUGCUGUCAGGAACUACUUUGGGGAAAAGGUGGCCUUGUACUACCUGUGGUUGGGCUGGUACACAUAUCUCCUCAUCCCCCCUGCUCUCAUCGGGGUCAUAGUCUUCCUUUAUGGCCUUGCCUUCUUCAACAGCUCACCCCUCAUAAAGGAGGUUUGUGAGGCUGACACAGUCAUGUGUCCACUUUGUGACAAGAGAUGCAAAGUGUGGCAGCUCUCCGACACCUGCACAUAUGCCAAGGUGAGCCUGCUGUUCGAUAACAAUGGCACAGUACUCUUUGCGAUGUUCAUGGCGGUGUGGGCAACACUGUUUUUGGAGUUCUGGAAGAGACACCGGGCUUCCUAUGUGUGCGAAUGGAAAGUGUCUGACUGGUGUGAGGAGGAGGAGGAACUGAUCCUGGAAAUCGUGAACAACGCCAACUGUGAGCCAAAACAAUAUAAGCACUCCUACCUGCGCAGCACUGUGGUUUUAAUCUGUGUCACAGCUAUGAUAUUAGUGAUCAUCGGCCUGACACAUGCCUUGGUGGUGUUCAGGGUGAUUGCAGCAGUGCUCUUGGCUGAGGGGUCGUGGGAGUUUCUGAGCAACCACUCGAACAGCGGGGCAAUGAUGCUGGGGGCCGUCCUCCAUUACCUCAUCAUCACGGUCAUGACACGGAUCAACAGGAUCGUAGCCAUGAAGCUCUGUGAAAUAGAGAAAACAAGAUCAUUUGCUGCCACAGAGAAGAGUUUCACAGUCAAGAUGUUCACCUUCCAGUUCUUCACCUAUUUCUCCUCCCUCUUCUACGUCGCCUUUUUUCUUGGCAGGAUAAAUGGCCAUCCUGGUGGUUAUGUCCGAAUUGCAGGGAAAUGGAGACUAGAGGAGUGUCAUCCUAGUGGGUGUCUCACAGACCUGUUUAUCCAAAUGGCGAUCAUAAUGGUACUGAAGCAAACCAUCAGCAACGUGUUUGAGUUCACUGGCCCCUGGUUCUGCAGGUGGUUAAAGAGAGGGAGAACCCAGAAACUACAGAGGAAAUGUGCCUACUGCUACCUGAAAGAUGAAGCAGAGGCCAAACAUGGAGCUGAACUGUGUGACAACUGCAAGCUUCGGAACUGGCUCAGCAACUACCGGCUCAAUGAUGUUGACUCCUUCAGCCUGUUUAAUGAGUUUCUGGAGAUGGUGAUCCAGUUCAGCUUUACCACCAUAUUUGUGGCAGCGUUUCCUCUUGCUCCUCUGCUAGCCCUCAUUAAUAAUGUCAUUGAGAUACGCUUGGACGCCAUUAAAAUGGUCACUCUGGAGCGCAGACUGGUUCCCAAGAAAACUAACGAUAUUGGCGUGUGGAUAGACGUCUUGGAGGCUAUCGGUGUCUUAGCUGUCAUCGCGAACGGGCUGGUCAUAGGUGUAUCUUCAGACUUCAUCCCUCGAUUGGUGUACCACUACCGCUAUGGCCCGUGUGCUAACGGCACGGCAGCAGACGUUGACUGCAUGGCUGGUUACAUCAACAACACUCUCUCCAUCGCACGAAUGGGUGACCAGAACAUACUCAACGAGUUUUCACCCGAUCAGAUGGUCACUGCUAGUGGCUUGAAUGUCUCUCACUGCAGCUACAAAGACUACAGGAGCAACAAGGACUACAGUUUUACGCCACAGUUUUGGCUAAUUUUAGCUGUGCGCUUUGCAUUCGUCAUCCUGUUUGAGCACGUUGUCGUCAUAUGCAAGUUCAUUGCAGCCUGGUUCGUACCGAGCGCUCCCAUGCAAGUCAAGAAUGACAGACUCUUUGAUAAACUCAACAGACUAAAAGAGGAGCUCAGUUCGUUUGAAGCCUGACAGCAUUCAGACACUUUACAUAUUUCCCCCCUGAGGACAUGAACCCAGCGUUGCCUUGUGCAUUAAAACGUCCAGACUAUCACAGUGUUGAGUCAAACUUCAAAGCCAUUAAUCAUCUCUCUGAAGAGUUGAGACUCUGUUGUUUGCAGUCAAAUGUCAAGUGCUGGCUAUCUGGAUCCUCGUCUAUGAAAUGGACUCUGAAGACAGACUAAUUUUUCUUGGACAAAACAAGUGUACAGUAACUGAUUUUACUGACCACGUCUUUCAUGAGAUUAUUCUUAUUCUAUUUUAAGAAUGCACUGAUAGCUUACUGUUGGAUCUCUAUAUGUGUGAGAUGUAUGUGAGUGUUUUUAUUGAAAGCCUAAACAUAAUUUAUAUUGCUACUGCGCCUACAGUACCGAUAGUGUGUUACGAUGUUGCCUUAUACUGUAAAAAAGCGCUGCGAUGAAUGUCAUUACUGCAGACAGAUUCUGAUGGUGUCUUUUGUAAAUCAGACACAUGAAUGUUUUGCAUUAUAAUAUUUUAUAUUAUCGAAUAAAAGAGGAAACUUUUACCUUA